CGUUUAUAUUUUUGUUCAGUAUAGCAGAAGCUUCUAUGCCUUGCAGGAAGUAGACUGGUUGCCAGGCAAGUUCCACUCGCAAAGGAAAACUAGCUUGAAAGAGAGUAUGAUCCACUGUUGAGGACUAAACUCCACGGUGAAGGAAGUUUAGUCUGCUGCGGAGAAAACGACGCAGAAGAGAAACUUAAGCGAGCUAUUCCUAUAAUCAAACGUUCAGCAAUUAUUUAAAAGCAACUUGCACGUAAAGAAAGAAGCUUAUAUCCUGCAUCAAAAAUGUCAGUCGCAGGCUUCAAGAAACAAUUUUACAAAGCAAGCCAGAUGGUCAGUGAGAAGGUCGGAGGUGCAGAGGGAACCAAGCUGGAUGAAGACUUCAAAGAUCUGGAGAAGAGGGCAGAUGUGACCAGUAAAGCGGUGGUGGAUGUCAUCUCUAAAACAUCGGAGUACCUGCAGCCCAACCCAGCGUCCAGGGCCAAGCUGACCAUGCUGAACACGGUGUCUAAGAUGCGGGGCCAGGUGAAGAGCCCUGGCUACCCCCAGGCUGAAGGGCUUCUGGGGGAGAGCAUGGCCAAGUUCGGACGAGAGAUGGGAGAGGACACCAACUUUGGUGGCGCCCUGGUGGACGUGGGCGAGUCCAUGAAGAGGCUGGCUGAGGUCAAAGAUUCCCUGGACAUCGAUGUCAAACAGAACUUUAUCGAUCCACUGCAGGCCGUUGUCGACAAGGACAUCAAAGACAUCCAGCACCAUCUGAAGAAGUUGGAAGGCAGGCGUCUGGACUACGAUUAUAAGAAGAAACGCCAGGGGAAGAUCCCAGACGAGGAGCUGAGGUCAGCCCUGGAGAAGUUCCACGAGUCCAAAGAGAUGGCAGAGAGCUCCAUGCACAACCUGCUGGAGACUGAUGUAGAGCAGGUGAGUCAGAUGGCUUCUCUGGUCGAGUCACAACUACAGUAUCACAAACAGGCUGUGCAGAUUCUGGAGGAGCUGACGGACAAACUCCGAGACAGGGUGAACGAGGCCCAGUCUCGCCCCAGGCGUGAGUACACUCCUAAACCCAAAGCCUCCUUUGACUACGAAGAGCAGGAGCAUUCAAAUGGAGAGUACUCCCCCUCUGCCAACCCCCCUUCAUACUCCUCAGACGUCACGUCCUUCCACAGAACACGGUCCACGAAGAACAGUCGACACUCCUCUGAGCCGUGCGCUAAGGCCCUGUAUGACUUCGAGCCAGAGAACGAGGGUGAGCUGGGCUUCUGCGAGGGCGACAUCAUCAUGCUGACCAACCGCAUCGACGAGAACUGGUUGGAGGGCACUAUCCGCGGCCAAUCAGGAUUCUUCCCCAACAACUAUGUGGAAGUGGUGGUGCCCCUGUAACACUGACAGAACAAGAGG